UACUGAACGGUGCCCCUGGGUAAUAACGCCCAAGGCUAAGAGGUAAAUGUAUUUAUAAUUUUCAGAGUGAGCCAAGUCAACACCAGACGUUCUGUCGGAAGGGGGAAAAGAGCAACAAGGAUGAGAAGGUCUUCUCGUUUGCUUGAGGUGACAGCUUUACUUGUAAUAGGCAUUCUGUGCCUGGUCAUAAUUUUUUUUAAAGAGGACAUUCCCCCUGAUGAACCCUCUAACCAUGUCCAGAUAAACAGAAUGGAAUUAACCUACAAAAACAGACCUCAGAAACCAACCAGUGAGAGCGCAGGUGUUUUCACCUGGGGCCAUUGUCAACGGAAUGAGUCUGCCGCCAAUGUGUCAGGAUUUUCCUCUCUGCCUGGUCACAUCCAAAACUUCCUCUUCUAUCGUCAUUGCCGCCACUUCCCAAUGCUGCUGGACGUACCUGAUAAAUGUGGAGGCCCUCACAAGUCUGCUGAUGUCUUCCUUCUGCUGGUCAUAAAAAGCUCACCUGUGAAUUACGACCGCCGUGAGGUACUACGGAAAACCUGGGCCAAGGAGAGACUGCAAAGCGAAGUGUGGAUCCGCAGGAUUUUUCUCUCUGGAACCACAGGCACAGGCUUUGAGAAGCGCACGCUAAAUAAGCUUUUACGACUGGAGAAUCGUGAGCAUAAUGAUAUCUUGCAGUGGGACUUCAACGACUCCUUCUUCAACCUCACCCUGAAGCAAAUCGUGUUCCUAGAGUGGAUGGACAAGAACUGCCGCCAGGCCAGAUUUCUCUUCAACGGUGACGAUGAUAUCUUUGCGAACACAGAUAACAUGGUGGACUUCCUUCAGAGCCAGAAAAACAAAGAUGGUGACAAGCACCUUUUUGCGGGCUAUUUAAUCCGCUAUGUCGGACCCAUUAGAGAGUCAGGGAGCAAAUACUAUGUCCCAAUCCAGGUUCAAGAAUCAGACUCGUAUCCCCCUUAUUGUGGUGGAGGGGGCUUCCUGCUCUCUGGAUACACAGCUAUGGUCAUUUACACAAUGUCCCAUACCAUUCCCAUUUUGCCAAUUGACGACGUCUACAUGGGAAUGUGUCUGGAAAAGGCUGGUCUUAGGCCAGAGUCCCAUUUUGGUGUCAAGACUGCUGGACUGCAAGUCCCCUCCCAAAAAGUGGACGCUUACGACCCUUGUUAUUACAGGGAAAUAAUUCUAGUACACAGAUUUCUACCCCAUCAGAUAUAUAUUAUGUGGCAUGGAAUACAUGAACCUAACUUGAAAUGUGGGAAUUUGAAAGGUUCACUUUAACCCUUGAAAUCAGUCGCCUGCUCAGGUUUCUUUUUCUAAUAUUUUUUUGCCAAGCAAUUACUGAGGGGUGCUCUCUCAAAGCAGGUGUUCAAACAUCUGCAGGAAUAACAAUGCCGGAUCUAUUGGCAUAUGGUAGGUUACUGUGAAAUUUGACAGCUGGCACUGUUAUUCAUGUAAAUGAUUGACAACACAUUGAUUUAUAAUUCCCCCCCAAGAAAUGAGUAGACGUGUGUAUACCUGCCACUAUGCAUCACUUUUAUUUAUUAUACUUUAAAAGGGCAAUGAAUGUCCAUUUUGUUUAGCCGUUGAUUCACUCUUUCUUUACACUCCUUGUCUGCUGUGUUUGACCUUUUUUAUCUGAACACUCUAGUGCAAACCAUAGUGUCUCAGGAACACCCCACCACCCGCUAAGCUCAGAAAGGAAACUGUUGUGGUUCACUGCAAAAUAACAGUUAGACAGGGCAUUCUUAGUCUUUAGGCAUUCUGUUUGUUCCUUGUAAAUGUUUUCUUGAAAAUGUUCUCUUUUUAAAUUCAUAAUCAGAGGAUGAACACCUGUGUGUCUUUCUGUGAAUCUAAUGCUGACUGCAUGUUUAUAGAAUAUACUUUUUUAUCCAUUUGUAUAAUAAUUGUGAACAGAUCCGUUUGUCCGUCGCACCCUAACACAGGUUGGAGACAUAAAAUGAACAGACCAGAGGCAGUGGUUGUGGGUUCCUUUUCUUUUGUAUCAUUUACUAAACGGGUCUUCUUUCGCCCGACAAAAUAACUCCAGUACAGGGGACAUCCAACGCUGAAACACCAGCGUAACAAAACAUGAACUAAGCUGUUGACCUAAAGGCUGUGGCCAAAAAGGGAAAGCAAAACAAUAAACAGCUACUCCUGUCUUAGACUAUCGUCUAUACGUAACAGUUACAGGAGGAACGCUUCUCUCUACCUAAAACCUGCCUAGGUUAACAGAGAGACAAGGUGCCCAGUCACAGAUGCUUUCUCUAAGGUCGGAAAAACCGACGCCCUCACAGGUCCCCGUCUCUACUCUCAAUCCUCCCCCAGCUCCUCUCCUCCUCUCCUUCAGUCAUUUGUGUGGUAUUACAAAAUAUUUGUCUAAUGUCUCCAGUCAUGUAAAACUAUGUACAAUUGUAUGGAAUAAUUUUAUAUAAAGGUCUAUUCUUUCCCAGAACCGCAUAUAAUAGAUGCAUACAAUGCUUUAUUAUAAAGGGGAUAUUUGGGGGGGUUCCAGGUUUCCACUUCAUUACUAUCGCAAUCUGACCAUGUCAGAAUCAGAUCAGUGAUUAAAAGAAGAAAGGCAUAGUAGCACAAUCAUUCCAUCUUAUCAUUGAUGCUGUUUUGAAAGGACAAUAACUAUUCAAUGCCAGUGAGUUACAACUGAACAUCCUUUUUUCAUUUUCUAAUUGGUUUAUUUUAAUGGAUUAGGGACAUAUGGAAAUUAACAUUAGAAACAGGUAUUCAAAUCAUAGUUUAAGCAAUUUUUCAACGCUACUUGUGAUACAAUUAGCUGAUUUUCCAUGAACACAAGCACUUUUGGGCCGGUGUGGGAGCUUCCAGGAAAGAAAUGAUCCGUUGUGUUAGAAAUGCCAGGGCAGUCCGCCCCUGGGUCGGGAAGAUCAGAUCCCAAUACUAUUUUAAUCAUCUACACUUGUCCAAACAUUUGGGCACAGUCAGAACAUGGACAAGAUCAGGACAAAGGAUGCAUGUUAGCACCAGGUAUACAUUUUAGUAUUUGUAUUUAUUAUGGAUCCCCAUUAACUGCUGCCUUGGCAGCAGGCCCAUACUCCAUUGCCACAUAUCUACAACGCAAAAUCCAUGUGUACGUGUGUGUAUAGUGCGUAUGUUAUCAUGUGUGUAUGCAUGUGUCUGUGCCUAUGUUUGUUACUUCACAGUCCCCACUGUUCCAUAAGGUGUAUUUUUACCUGCUUUUUAAAUCUGAUUCUACUGCUUGGAUCAGUUAGCCGGUGUGGAAUAGAGUUCUAUGUAGUCAUGGCUCUAUGUAGUACUGUGUGACUUCCAUAGUCUGUCCUGGACUUGGUGUCUGUGAAGAGACCUCUGGUGGCAUGUCUUGUGGGGUAAUCAUGGGUGCCCUGAGCUGUGUGCUAGUAUUUUAAACAGUCAGCUUGGUACCUUCCGCUUGUCAACUCCUCUUACAAAAUCAUGUAAUGAGGAAGUCAAUCUCUCUUCCACUUUGACCCAUGAGAGAUGUACAUGCAUGUCAUUAAUGUUAGCUCUCUGUUUACUUUUAAGGGCCAGCCGUGCUGCCCUGUUCUGAGCCAACUGCAAUUUUCCCAAGUACCUCUUUGUGGCACCUGACCACACUACUGAACAGUAGUCUAUGUGCGACAAAACCAGGGCCUGUAGGACCUGCCUUGUUGAUAGUACUGUUAAGAAGGUAGAGCAGUGCUUUAUUAUGGACAGACUUCUCCCCAUCAUAGCUACUGUUGUAUCAAUAUGUUUUGACCAUGACAGUUUACAUUCCAGGGUUACUCCAAGCAGUUUAGUCACCUCAACUUGCUCAAUUUCCACAUUAUUCAUUAUGAGAUGUAGUUGAGGUUUAGGGUUUAGUAGAUGAUUUGUCUCAAAUACAAUGCUUUUAGUUUUGGAAAUAUUAAUUAACUUAUUCCUUGCUACCCAUUCUAAAACUAACUGCAGCUCUUUGUGUUGCAGUCAUUUCAGUCGCUGUAGUAACUGACGUGUAUACUGUUGCGUCAUCUGCAUACAUACAUACACACCCUGGCCUUACUCAAAGCCAGUAGCAUGUUAAGUAAAGAUUGAAAAAAGCAAGGGGCCUAAACAACUACCCUUGGGAAUUCCUGCUUCUACCUGGAUGAUGUUUGAGAGGCUUCUAUUAAAGAACACCCUCUGUUAUACAAGUAACUAUUCAUCCACAUUAUAGCAGGGGGUGUAAAGCCAUAACACAUACAUUUUUCCAGCAGCAGAUUAUGAUCGAUAAUGUCAAAAGCUGCACUGAAGUCUAACAAGACAGCCCCCACAAUGAUGUUAUCAUCAGUUCCUCUCAGCCAAUCAUUAGUCAUUUGUGUAAGUGCCGGGCUUGUUGAGUGUCCUUCCAUAUAUGCGUGCUGAAAGUCUGUUGUCAAUUUGUUUACUGUGAAAUAGGACUGUAUCUGGUCAAACACAAUUUUUUUCUAGAAGUUUAGUAAGGGUUGGUAACAGGCUGAUUGGUCAGGCUAUUUCAGCCAGUAAGGGGGGCUUUACUAUUCUUGGGUGGUGGAAUGACUUUAGCUUCCCUACAGGCCUGAGGGCACACACUUUCUAGUUGGCUUAAAUUGAAGAUGUGGCAAAUAGGAGUGGCAAUAUCGUCCGCUGUUAUCCUCAGUCAUUUUCCAUCCAGAUUGUCAGACCCUCCUUCCACAUUUGACUUUACGUAAUUCAAAGGCACAAUUCUUGUCUUUCAUAAUUUGGUCAGAUAUACUGGGAUUUGUAGUGUCAGUGUUUGUGGCUGGCAUGUCAUCCCUAAGUUUGUUUAUCUUGCCAAUGAAAAAGUAAUUAAAGUAGUUGGUAAUAUCAGUGGGUUUUGUGAUAAAUGAGCCAUCUGAUUCAAUGGAUGAUGGAGCCGAGUUGACUUUUUUUCCCCAAAAUUUUAUUUGAGGUGCUCCAAAGCUUUUUAGUAUCAUUCUUUUAUAUAAUUGAUCUUUGUUUCAUAAUAUAGUUUAUUUUUAUUUAGCUUAGUCACAUGAUUUCUUCAUUUUCAGUACAUUAGCCAAUCAAUUGGGCUGCCAGACUUAUUUGCUAUACCUUUUGAUUCAUCCCUCUCAACCAUACCAUUUUUGAAUUCCUCAUCAAUCCAAGGGGAUUUAACAGUUCUUAUAGUAAUUUUCUUAAUGGGUGCUUGCUUAUUAGUAACUGGAAUAAGCAAUUUCAUAAAUGUGUCAAGUGCAGCGUCUGGUUGCUCCUAAUUACACACCCCAGAACAACAAACAUUCUUUACAUCAUCAACAUAUGAAUCACUACAAAACGUAUUGUAUUGACCUUUUAUACACUAUAUUAGGCCCAGCCUUUGGGACUUUGGUUUUCCUAUAUACAGGGGGUACUGGUACAGAGUCAAUGUGCGGGGGCACUGGUGUCGAGGUAAUUGAGGUAUGGCCAUUUUUGUAGGGGUUGUUACAUUUUUUUGUAAGGGAAGUCUUAAACCUCAAUUUUGUAAAAAAAAUAAAAAUAAAAAUCCUGCAUUGCAGGAAAGUUUUCCUUCAACAGGGUUAUUAAAUUAAGAUCCUACAUUUGUACUUUGUCUGUUAUGCAGUUGGAACUGAAUAACACGUUUUACUUAAUUUACUUGAUAUACAGUGCAUUCGGAAAGUAUUCAGACCCCUUGUCACGCCUUGGUCUUAGUAUUUUGUGUUUUAGUUAAUUGGUUGGUCAGGCCAGGGUGUGACAUGGGUUUAUUGUUUGUUGUAUUCUUAGUGGGGUUUUUUAGUUAUUGGGAUUGUAGCUGAUUAGGGGUGUGUGUUACAUAGGUUUGGCUGCCUGAGGCAGUUCUCAAUCAGAGUCAGGUGAUUCUCGUUGUCUCUGAUUGGGAACCGUAUUUAGGUAGCCUGGGUUUCACUUUGUAUUUCGUGGGUGAUUGUUCCUGUCUCUGUGUAGUGUUCACCAGAUAGGCUGUAAUAGGUUUCACGUUCCGUUUUGUUGUUUUGUAUUUAUUAGUUAUUUCAUGUAUAGUUCCGUUAUUUGUUUCAUUAAUAAACAUGAGUAACCAACA